UCAUCAUCAGCGUUACCGUCCAGGGGACAAACGGGCAUCAAGUCAUCAAUUCCCUUCUCUCUUCCUCCUGCAGGACAGGAUUUUGAUACCAUUUACUACUUUUUUUUCUCUUUAGUUUCUGCUCACUUCAGACAGAGCCCAAGAUGACCUGCUCCAAGAUGCUCGUCACCCUCUCCCUCCUAGCCGCAGCUAGGUUUGCAGCUGGCCACGGCGCCAUUAUCGCGGCCGUUGGCGACGCUGGCGGGUCGGGCAUGGCCCUCGGCGUCGACACAAGCACUCCGAGGGAUGGCACUCGGCGUAAUCCAUUCCAGCAGGACUCGACCCGCUUCCGGGGCGACGCUGCGGAUACGGUCGGCGAGACUCUUGCGGGCGGCGACAACCAGCUCGAGGCUGGCACCCAAGCCAUCCUCGCCGAGACGGGCGAUUCCCUGCCGCAGGUCACUCCCGGCGGCGAGCUACAGAUGACACUGCACCAGGUCAACUCGGAUGGAGCGGGUCCGUAUACGUGCAUGAUCAAUGCGGACGGCACGGCCCAGACUUGGAAUAACAUUCAAGUCACCCAAAACGUCCCAGGCCGCAACUCCCGCAACCGCGACGGCGAAGCCACCGACUUCCCCCUGACGGCCUCCAUCCCAGCAACCCAGUCCUGCACCGGAACCGUAGCAGGCCAGGACAACGUCUGCCUGGUGCGGUGCGAGAACUCGGCCCGGGCAGGUCCCUUUGGCGGCGUCGUGCCCGUGCAGCUGAUCGACCCCACUGCUGGUGCGGGUGCGGGUGCGGGUGCGGGUGGCAACGGCACUGACGCCGCUCGCGCUGCCGCCGAGACUGGUGCCAAUGCCAGGAGGAGGAGCGCUCGCAGGGCGCUGGCGAGGCGCGUCAAGGAGAAUGAGAUGAAGCUUGCCCGGCUGCGGACCAGGGCCGUGGCGCUUGCGCAGGACCUGGGCGAUCCGGAUGUGAUUGCUGAAGUGAUGGAGGACUGCGAGUAAGGGGCAGGGUUACUGUCGCUAGCUCAAGGUGCUUGGAUUCCAUCACCCAGCUUGUGUCGAUGGAUGGCGGUCUUUCCUGGUGCUGUUCUCUGAUGAGAAGUGAUGGACGUUGUCUCUGGGGAAUGCAUUUUAGUUGGCUGGAAGAUAGCACGGUUUAGGUUGGACGGCAGAGCUGGCUCAGAUGGAAGUGUGGGAGGGAGGAUAUUACCGUUGUGAUUUUUUGUUUACUACUACGCUCAUUUUACAAUGAUAAUAGGCACACACCUUUGGAACAACAAUAAAUAAGACCACGACUUC